UCGGCGCAAGGAAACCAAAAUCAGAGGGACGUCCCAAAAGCCCUAAUCAGAAAAUAUCCCCCAAUCUUCAAAACCUGCCGAAUUCUUCAAAACCCUUUGGAGAAGGACCCCAUUGCUCUACUGCAUCUCUCCAUCGCAUUCUAUUUCAAUGGAGGAGGAGACAAUUCAGCAGUUUCUUUACGAUACUCUAAGCCCACUUUCCUUAACCGCCGCCACUACCACUUCAAGCGAGGACCAACUGUCGCCGUCCGGCGAUCUCGAGCCAUACUCCGUUUUCCGGAACCAGAUUUCUCUCUCUACUUCUCACUGUGCUCCGGUCGAGACCGCUGCGCCCGAGUUUUUCUCCCUCGAUGUUGGUGCUGACAAUGUGGAGGAAAUUUCGGGUUUUUCUACUCCUUUGCCGGGUGCGUCGGUUCUGGAAACUGAGCCUAGGACGCCGGAACCUGAGGACCAGGCGAAGCUUGAAAGUGGGUGGUUCCGUGGCAAUAGUAGAUUCAAGAGCCCUAUGCUACAGUUGCAUAAAGAAAUUGUCGAUUUUUGUGAAUUUCUGUCUCCAACUGGAGAAGAACGCGAUGAACGUGACAAGGCAGUAGAAAGGGUCUUUAGUGUUGUCAAACAUAUAUGGCCUCACUGCAAGGUUGAAGUAUUUGGAUCGUUCCAGACAGGACUCUAUCUUCCAACCAGUGACAUUGAUGUUGUUAUUCUGGGUUCAGGCAUCCCUAAACCACAACUUGGUUUGCAAGCUCUUUCCAGGGCCUUAUCACAAAAGGGAAUAGCAAAAAAGAUUCAGGUUAUUGGAAAAGCCCGUGUGCCAAUAAUUAAGUUUGUCGAAAAGCAAAGUGGUAUAGCUUUUGAUAUUAGUUUUGACGUGCAGAAUGGACCAAAGGCUGCGGAUUAUAUAAAGGUUGCAGUUGAUAAGUGGCCUCCUUUGCGUCCUUUGUGUUUGAUCUUAAAGGUGUUUUUGCAGCAGAGAGAACUGAAUGAGGUAUAUUCAGGUGGACUGGGUUCUUAUGCACUUCUUACCAUGCUUAUGGCAAUGUUGCAGAGUCACAACAGCUGCCAAUCUUCUCUUGAACAUAAUCUUGGAGUCCUUUUGGUAAAUUUUUUUGAUUUCUAUGGUCGCAAAUUGAACACUUCUGAUGUUGGUGUAUCUUGCAAUGGAGGAGGCAUUUUUUUCUCGAAGAGUAAAAGAGGAUUCAUGACAAAAGCACGUCCAUUUCUUCUUUCCAUUGAGGAUCCUCAGGCACCAGAUAAUGACAUUGGCAAGAAUUCCUUCAAUUACUUCCAGAUAAGAUCUGCAUUUGCACUGGCCUUUUCAACCUUGACAAAUGUUAAGACCAUUUUGGGUCUGGGUCCGAACAGGAGUAUUCUUGGCACGAUAAUUAGGCCUGAUCCAGUCCUGUUGAAGCGAAAAGGUGGCACAGAUGGAGAAGUGACCUUCAAUUCUCUACUGCCUGGAGCAGGGGAACCUAUACAACUACAGUAUGGAAAUGAGCAAGAGAUGCUGUGUAAUUGGCAGUUUGGUGAUGACGAAGAACCAUUGCCGCGGGGGAAUGAUGCAUCCGAAGAUUUUGGUACGCCUUCCUCUAGGAAAAAGAGAAAAGUCAGUUGUCGCGAGAAGUCGAAAAAGAAGGAAAGAGAAAAUAGUAGUAGUAAGCGAAGGCAUGAAGAAAAUGGAUAUAGUAAAGAGAAGAGUUCAAAGAAGAAACGAUGGAGACAGAAUGGCAGUGAUGCCAAUGGUUUUAGCCAUUCUGGAAGAAGGUCCCCUUGGAAACACUGAUGCAUUGCACGUGUGAUAAGUCCAAUGAGCUUGUGAUCUCCACAAGCAUCAUCGGUUUUGGAAGACGCCUUGGAUUUGAUCGACCACCUCUCGGCCCGAAAUUGUUGCAUAGGGAGGGUUAAAGAGAGAUUGGUGCUUGGCCCUGUGACAGCUGAUAGAGGUCUCUGCAGGCAAUUGUUGGAGCUUGUAGUGAAAUCAGUGUACUUGUACGUUUGGACAUCAUACUCAACCAGGAAAGUGGAGCGGCCGAGUCUGCUUUCAGGUAAAAUUUUUGACCUUGUAUUCAUUACAAUCUUUUUGACAUUUGAUUAUUUUGUCCAUCUUUUUGACAUUGAAUGGUUCCUAUUGUUGAAUAUUUUAUGAAGGAAUUUACUUAGUGAAAAUAAUUAAUUAUUCUUACUCCGCUUA